AUGUUAUUGAAAGAUGCGAUAUGGACAGAGAAUGAGAGGAAGGAGAAUUUGAUAGAAUUAUCAAAGAGGUUAGAUGGAUUGGGUUUCAAGGUGAUACCAUUAGAAUUGUCGAAGGAGUUGUAUGAGGGUUUGACAGGACCAUACAAAUCAUUGAAGGAUGCGAAGAGGAUCUAUAAAGGGACAGACGGAGUAGGAUACAAGAAGGCUCUAGGUGAUUUAGAGAAAUUGCAUGGCGUGUCAUGGAAGAGAUGGAACAAGCCACUAUCAUAUACAAUGAAUGUAAUAAGAACAAGACCAAUAUCAGGGUUAGGAAUAAUAGGAAAAUCAUUGAGAAUAGAUGAUGAUACAUACAAGAUAGAAUUGACGGAUGAGAUGAAGGAGUUAUUGAAGGAGUGGGAGAGUGCGGCGCAGGUGGUGAUAAUGUCAGGUGAGGGGAAACAGUACAUCUUUAAGGAAGCUGAGAGCGUGAAAGGGUUCAAGAAGUUGUUGAACAGUACGAUAGAAUUGUUGGAUAAUAUAUCAUAUGUAUGUGAAUAUCCGUAUCACAAUCCGACGGUGAUAUUCAGGUCAGAUGUGUUAUCAGAGGUUCCAGGAUCUUUUAAGGAGUUUUAUGAGAAGGAGGUGAAGGAACGCAUGAAGGGAACUAGGCCAAUAAGGCUGAAGAAGUAUGAGAGUAUAAAUAAUAUGAAUAUGAUAAAGUUCAAUGAGAUGGCGGAUUGGGACAUAUCAAAGGAGCAUGAUGGGAAAGAGAUGGUUUACGCCAUUGCAGAGUAUAUUAGGGAGAGUGGAUGA